CGCAUCCAAACUCCCUGGUAGUUGGUUUAUUAGAUUGAUGACAUUUCGAAAAUGGUCGUUAUUCCUCAUUUAAAUAUUUGAAGUGGACUGUAUUUGGUUGGACAGAUAUUUGAUGUAGAUGAGUUUUUGCAUAAUUUACGUCCUGGUUUUCAGUCCUCAUUAUUUACAAGGAAGAUAGGGUUGGAAAUCGGUCUUGCGAUAUUCAGUGGGCGUUAUCCUAGCCAGGUUGCCUAGUGUUAUCAUUGAUCCUCUAACAUUUCAUCUUGAUUCGGAUUCUUCAUUGUAUGAAUUUAUUAAGUUCCCUACUAAAUCAUAUAAAUGGUCAUCUUAACAAUGGAAAAUGUGCGAUUUACAAAACUAGAGAAACAAAGAGAACUUCUGCGCGACAAACAAAGGCAAAAAUAUGCACACCAAGUGUUGUCACUUCAAAAACGUACAGAAAGUGCUGGUAUCAGUAGUUGUAAAGCUAAUAACUGGAGAGAAAACAAAUUAUCAAAUCAAUCGGCUGUAGGUUUCCCAAUAAAAGAUAGAACUGAUGAAAAUUAUUAUGCAUAUGACGGUCCGCAAUCAGGUUAUACAUCAAACCCUGAUGAUUUCCCUACAAGUGAAGUUCAAGUUAUUCAUGUACUCACAAAACCUACUCCUUUGGGACAACCAAGGUUUGAUCAAACAGUAAGGCGCAAACCAAACUCUGAAGCAAUACAAUAUAAUGUAGUGGAUAGUGAAGAUUACAAAAGUACUGAUAGUUUGAAUAAUCUAACCAUCACACGAUCGAGUACUAUGUUGUCUUCUCUUGACCAAGAUACCUAUCUGGAUUCUACUGAGGAUAAUGAUGGGGAAAAUGAAACUGCGGUGUCUCACUCUGGUUUUAUGACUCAGAAACAAGUAGUGAAGAUAUCUGACAAUCCCAAUAGUCAUCUUCAUAAGGAUAGUUAUGGCGGAGUCACGAAUUUUACCAAAUACAACAGCGAAAACCCGGAUACUGGUAAUAAUGCGAAUUUUGUUGAGAAGACAAACGUUACUCAGGAAUGUGAAGACGUAAAGUAUGGUGAGGCACCUCAGUCCUUACUUUUAGAUCCAACUAGGAACUUAGAAGAAUUCAUCAUGAAACCUGCUCCUCAGGGUGUGACCAUACGUUGUCGUAUUACACGAGACAAACGAGGUGUCGAUCGUGGAAUUUUUCCAUCAUAUUAUCUUCAUCUUGAAAAAGAAGCCUGUAAGUUCUUCUUACUUGCAGCCAGGCGUCGCAAGCGAUCAACAACGAGCAACUAUGUGAUUUCUUGUGAUGCCACCAAUUUAUCUCGUGAUGCAAUUAGUUUUGCCGGGAAACUGCGCUCCAACUUUCUGGGUACUCAUUUUACUGUGUAUGGCUGUGAAUUAAAAUCACGAGAUAGUGAAUCCUUAAAUUCAGGGGAUAAGGUAAAUGAUUCUGGUUCGACAACGACAACUACUAAGACACAUAAUAUGCAAGAGCUUGCUGCAAUCAUAUACGAUACAAACGUACUGGGUUUCAAAGGACCAAGGAGAAUGACUAUUAUUUUGCCGCGCUUAAGUGCUACUUGUCAGCACUUUUCAUGUCCUGGAAAUGAUACUACCUGGCUAAUCGACUCAUGGCGGAGAAAAGAUAUGCAGAACGUUCUACAACUACAAAACAAGAAUCCUGUUUGGAACGAAGAUUGCUAUAAUUUGUGUAAGGACUGUUUCACCCUCGAAAGUCCUGUACAAAAGUAUGUUGAUUUUUUGGAUGACUACUACUACUCCCGGAUCUCACUUGCGUGUCAAAGGGAUGUCAGUAAAACGUUAUGGUCUGGGUUUUUGUGGUAGCCGGUCGUCUAAACGGGUUGGAACUUCAUUUGCACCAUUCAAAUUCACUUUUUUCCCACUGAUGGUUCAAAAUUUCAGUUGACCAAUUCUUCGAUGAAUCAUUAAUCUCCCUUAAACCACUAACAAACUUGCGCUUCCAUUUUCUCGUUUUUGCAGAAAAGACCCAAUCAUACGUGCUCAAUUUUCAUGGUCGCGUCACGCAAGCUUCGGUGAAGAACUUCCAAAUCGUACACAGAAGUGACGAUGAAUACAUACUUAUGCAAUUUGGACGUAUCUCUGAGGACGUCUUCACAAUGGAUUAUACGUAUCCUAUGUGUGCCCUACAAGCAUUUGGAAUCGCUUUAUCUUCCUUUGAUAGUAAAUUAGCAUGCGAAUAGUUAUCUUUGCAUUUAUUACGAAUUAUGACUUUACAAGCUUUAUGUAGACUACUAAAAAUGGAGUCUAUUUUUUACCGAAUUAUAUACUUUCCCACAACACAUACCAAAUUCUCAAUAUGAAAUAUUCAACCUUCAGCAACCUCAAUAGCCAUAAGUCCUGCCGUUAUGUCACUAAAAUAUCCGAUUUACAUAGUUUGUAACAAUCGAUUUUACAUCCACUUAUAUUUGUACAUCAUGUAAACCUAGAUCUGAACACAAAGAUCCUAUUGUUGAAACAUGGAUAACUAUAAAAACAACUAUUCUAAAGUAAUACUCAGUAGUUUAAAAAUCGUUUAUACAUGUUUUUUAGUUAUCUAACUUGAUUUUCAAUAACUCUUUUUACUUGAUUAUACACUACGUCAAAUAGUAUUUGCAAUAGACAUAUGCUUGUAAAACGGUUCAGUUUACACAGCUAAUUUUGAAUCCUAAGUACUUUUGAUGGUUAACUAUCGUCUGGCAAUCUCAUUGACAAAUUAAAAAUCAUUGUGUUUUUUCGGUUUACUGUGAAAAACC